AUGUCAGACAGGUCCCAGUCCCCGGAAGAAGAGCCCAGGAGGGGCGGAAGAGCCAGGAAGCAGGUCGCCAAGUUUGACGCCAGCCAGCCGGAUGGCAAGAAGGGGAAGAGAAAGCAGGCGGAAGAGGACGAUGAGGAUGAGGAAGAGUCUGAAGAAGACCAGUCCGAUAACGAGCCGACGCCCAAGAAGAAACGGGCUCCCAAAGCGGCCGUCCCCAAGAAACCCAGAGCUUCAGCUGCUGCUGCCCCAAAGAAGAAGAGGGCCAAGAAGGCGGCGCCUCCUACAGCUGAGGGCGAGGCCAGCCAGGCGGCAGAACCGGAAGAAAAGACCGACUCGCCUCUGUACAACGCCCUGCAACAACCCGACAUCGCCCUCCAACCGCUCAUCGACGACUGGAUCGAGACGUACCAGCAAGCCGCCGGCGAUGAAGUCUCGGAGCAAACGGCUAUACAUGAGCUUGUCGUAUUCUUCAUCCGCUGUUGCGGCAUGUCUACCGAGAUUGAGCAGGCUGAAGCGACGGAUGACGAUGGUAUACCCGACACCAUCGAGCGAAUACAAGAUGAGAGUGUACGGGUUGCUUUGGCGACGUACCCGCUGAUCAGCAAGGCCAAGCAUCUCAAGCCGUUCAAGUCCAAUUUGAACGAGUUUCUGCAGCACUUUAUCGGCUCGCUGGCGCUCACGCCUAUCAUCUUUCACACCGUCGACACCACCCCCCACUCUUCUCUGCUUCUCCCGCUGCUUCUGAAUUGGUUGAUGUGCAUGUCUUCAUCGCCUCUCCGUCCCAUACGCCACACUUCGACGUAUAUCACCCACAAGAUGAUCACUGCCUUGUGUGAUGUUGCGGCGCAGGUUAGCAAAGACCUGAGCGUCAAGCAGAGACAGAGAGACGCGGAAGUGCGAAAGGCUGGGAACGGGGCUGCUGCUCAGAAGCGAGUCAAGGAUGCUGAAGAAAAGGUCAAGGAGGAGCAAGAGAGAAAGGCGACAUUGGAAGCGAUCAUGAAUGAAGUCUUUGACGUAAUGUUUAUCAAUCGAGUGCGAGACGCCGACCCCGCCAUCCGAACCGACUGUCUCCGCGAACUCGGCGUCUGGGUCAAAAAGUACCCCGAGUACUACACCUCCUCCUCCACCCUAUCCUACUUUACCCGAGGCUGCAACGACCUCAACACCCACGCCCGUCUCGAAACCGUGCGCGCCCUCGCCUCCCUCUACUCGCGCGAGACAUUCGUCAACAGCGCCCGCACGCUUACGAUGCGCUUGGCACCGAGGAUCGUCGAGAUGGCGACCAAGGAUAUUGACUUGUCUGUGCGGGUCGCUGCUAUUCAAAUCAUCACCCAUAUCGACAAGACGGGCAUCUUGGAGGACGAAGACGACGAUCUGCGGGACCAGGUUGCAAAGCUCGUCUUUGACCCAGAGCCGCGGAUCCGAAAAGCCGUCGGAGGCUACAUUGUCAAUCUCUGGGAAGAGCGCAAAGACGGUAUGAAGGCUGUAUGGUCGGGUUUGAGGGCGAAUAAGAAGAAGCGGGCGGGAAAGACGACGGAAGAGGAGAUGUCGACCAGGCUCGAGUGGAAGUCGCUCGCGGCGUUGUUGGUGUAUACUUACAAGUCGCUUGAUAUUGAUGCGCAGCAGCAAUCGGAAGUGGUGGACAAGCAGUCGGCGUUGCUCCCCACGCCUUCCUCGCCGCCGAUGACGCGCGCGAUAGCUGCCGUGGAAGCGAUCUCUGCGGAACAGGAGAUCUGGAGAGACUGGGAGAGCUUGGCUGAUUAUUUGCUGUUGGACCACUCGACGUCCGAGGAAGAUAUGUGGUUGUUGAAUGAGGAUGAGGAGACAUUUAUGCUCCAGAUCUUCCUUGCUUGUAUCAAACACGAACAGGACGAGGAAGAAGAAUCGGAGCGCACAAAGACGCUCAUCAAAGUCCUUCCACGCCUUUUGCCCAAGCACCAAGCCGACAUUGGCCGAAUUGCCGGUAUCCUCUCAAUCCCUCUCCACAUGGAGCUCAACCUCUACCUCGACAUGCGCAUGACCCCCGCUUACGAAUCCCUCUGGGACGACCUCACCAAACAAUUCCUCCACCACACGUCCCCCACCGUGCUCACCCCCGCCAUUCAAGCCAUCAACAAGCUCAACGCCAACUUUCCCUUGGCGAAUGUGAACGAAGUCAAGCUGGGCGAGCUGGAGGAAGCGCUCUUUGCGGGGCUGAGGGAUGUUAUUGGGAGUGAGGAUGUGGCGCUUGUGACGUUGGAGGAUGAUCAGAUUGGGCAGUUGGAGGCGACGUUGUUGAGGGUGACGUUGUUGCAGAGGAGUAUGGAUAUGACGGAGGUUAUGGAAGAUGAAGAGGGGCAGCAGAGUAGUGGAUGGGAUAUCAUCUGCGCUUUGGCGGACCGAGGGAAGCUUGGGUAUAGAGAAGAAGCUACCAUGGUCGGAUACGCCGUCCAAAUCGUCUUUUUCCACAUCACAUGGCUCUUCAAGCGCUUCACCGCUGAAGACGCACAGGACGCCGACAAAGUCACCACCCUCAAAAGCCGACGCGAUACCGCACUCGAAAUGUUCCAGCACUUGUCCCUGGGCGAGACUGCCAACACGGCUGAUUCUGUCCGACGACACGCCUUUAUAUCAUUCAUCAACACCUACGUGCUAUUCUCCAAGAGGAACAAUGCGGCUGCUGGAAAGGCGUUGCCUGCUGCUGCGGGGGUCGCGGCGCUGAAGAUGGAGGACGAGCUGCAGCACCGGCUGGGCGGGGCUUUCCAAGCUUCUAUCGAGAAAUACGCCGCGAUCGUCGAAACCCGCCAAGCUGGUCGGGAUGAAGAACAAGAAGGAGAGCCAGACCUUACACCGCAGGAAUUACAAGACGAUUUCGUGUUUUUCCAGCUCGUUUCUGUCUUUGUGGGUGCGGUCAGAUGUGGGAUCCUCGAUGUGGACCAUGCGAAAGAGCCUCUGGCCCAUUAUGGACGAUUCGGCGCGACGUAUGAUGCGAUCGUCAAGAGGCUGGUGGAUGUUCUCCGGGAUGAGGGAAUUUAUAACAAGGAGGCGGAUACUGUGCAGCAUGUUGCUGGGAAUGCUCUCGAGCAGUCCUUCGACAUCUUCCUCGAAUCCGACGUGGACGAACCUUCCGCCCCCAUCGCCCUGGCCCGACUCAUCGCAACCGCCUUCGUCAUCCAAGGCUCCCAAUUCACCAUCCUCCGUCAACUCCACCCCUCAGACGUAUGCGAUUUCCACAUCUCCGCGCUCGACUACUGCUCGCGCAAACUCAGUAGCGCAGUCAAGUCGGAGAGCACUGCGCGGAACAAGGAGCAAAAGGCCAGAGCGGUCAAGAGGCGGUAUGCUGUCGUUACCUUUUUCAAGGUGCUUGUACCGCUUUUGGGAGCUGUGCAGGGGAAGGACGCUUUGAAGAUCAAGAGCCAUCUUGAGGAUGUGAUCGAGUCUUCUGGGGUACACGUUACUUCAAACAAGGGAUUCGAGGGGUACAGGCAAUAUGAGAAGAAGCUUGUGGCGAUUGCGAGUAAAGACCCCGUCGUCCGGGUUCUCGCAAAGACUGCUGCGCCCAAGAAGGUGCUGGAAGAGGACACGGAGGGAGAUGAGAAUGUGGAGGAUGAUGAGGAAGAUAGAGAGGUCACGCCCACGCCCGAGAAGAGGACUCCCAAUAAGGCUGAGGGUAGGCAGAGGUCCAAUACCAUCUCUCAACCAUCCCCCAACGGCUCGCAAAGCCGCCCUCAACACCAAUCCCAACCUGACUCUUCCCUCACCCCCACCUCUUCACCCAAAACCAACGGCGCCAGCAAGCACGGCCCGUCCCCAUCCCAGUCCCAGUCUUCGGCAAAGUCGUCGCAGAAAAAGAAACACCCCAGAGAAGAAAAUGAGGAGGAUCUGGAACUGGAUCUGGACGAGUCGGUGAGAGGGAAUGAGGAUGCCGAGCUGGAUCUUGAUUUGGAUCUGGAUAUGGAUGAGGCCGAGAGCGAGAAGGAGAAGGAGAGAGAGCCGAGCGAGGAACCUGCUGUGAAGCGGCGAAAGACAAAGAGAGGUUAG